CCGACUUCUUGCGUGGUUAGCUUCGCUAGGUCCGACAUGGCGUUUGCUGAGAGCGUCCCAAUUCGAGAUCCAGAUAAAGGAAAUUUGUCAUCUCUACCAGAAUCGUUGAUCCAAUCAAUUCUUACUCAUGCCGGCAAACAACAACUUGUUUCUCUCACAGCUAACCGAUUGUCUUGGUCACGUGACACUGCGACUUACAGCCGCAACGAUUUGCUGCGUAACGAUCAUGAUGUCCACUGUGUAAAUAUGUGUGACAUCAUUGCAGUCCACCCAACUUAUCGAGGCCAUUGGAAUGUUCACAAUACUACUAGUAAUCACCAUGCAAAGUCAACAGAGUUUACAGCAUUCACGUUUAGUCGUAUGGCGGGACGGAAAUGGAACCUUCGGAAACUGACGUUUCAGUGUCCUUCAACUGAGAUGUGUAGACAGUGGUUAGAGCAUCUCUAUCGGCUGUUGGAAGGCAUGAGACAUCGGCCCAAAUAUUUGAAAGUAUUUAUUAAUCCUGUUGGAGGAGCAAGAAAAGCACAAAAAAUUUAUGAUGAGAAAGUGCGGCCUCUUUGGGAAUUGGCUGGAAUACGAACGGACAUUACAGUGACAAGGGAUGCUGAACAUGCUCCAGCUGCUGUUCGAGAUCUCGACAUCAGACGAUAUGAUGGGAUUAUAUGUGUGGGUGGUGACGGUCUGUUUAAUCGAGUAGCUAACAGUUUGCUGAUGCAAACACAGCUGGAGGCAGGUGUUGACUUAAGUCGACCACGAUUCAUUCCGGCGAGACCGAGAGCAAAGCUGGGCAUCAUUCCUGCAGGAACUACUGAUGCCUUGUGCUAUACUACGACUGGCACGCAGCAUGCUGAGACAUCAGCAAUUCGUAUUGCUCUUGGUGACACAAGAGGUGUUGACGUUCUCAGUUUGCAGCACAAGAACCAACUUCUGUGUUUUGGUGUUUCAAUAUCAUACGGGUUUCUUGGAGAUCUUCUGGAGCAGAGUGAGAGUAUGCGAUGGCUGGGACCAAAAAGAUAUACUUUUGCUGGAUUUAUGAAAUUUAUGUCACUGAGGUCAUAUCCAUGUGAAGUAUCAUUUACUGAAAGUUCUAAACAAGAAGUUCAUCCAAGAGACAAUACAGCAUGCAAAAGCAGCUGCACAGUGUGCAGCAGCUCACUUGAUGCAGAAGUCUUGCCAUCUUCACCAUCUGAAAAGGGUGCCAUGGCAAGAGCUGGAGACAAUGAAAUCAUCACUGCUCAAGAUCCAAGUGCAUGGACGAAAGUGCUUGGCCAUUAUAUUGGUGUGCAGGCAUUUACCACAGCAGCAGCUUGUAAACAGUGUCAUAUGGGAAUGUCACCAUCUGCCCAUCUGGGAGAUGGCUAUGCAGAUCUGGUACUCGUUCAAAGUUGCUCUCGUGUAAACUACUUGCGGUUACUGAAACGAAUCAAGGGAACUGGGGAUCAGUUUGCCCUGCCAUUUGUCAGUGUUCAUCGAGUAGAGGAAAUUCGUGUUCGGCCUUUACAAGAUGUAACGCAAAACAGUGAGUCCACAGAUAGUCACACCUCACAAGAACGAGUCACUGAAACAGACACAAGACAAGGCAGAAGACGCCACAGCCUGUGGAAUGUUGAUGGCGAAAUAGUCAGUCAACCGGAAGUUGACAUUAGGGUGCAUCGACAGUUGCUGACGUUGUUCACACGAGGUCUAGAACAAGAAGAUGAUAAUGAUUCACAUUCUUUGUAGUCUGUCAGUAGACAAUCGAAAUUAUGCUGAAUUUAGUAGUUGUGAGCUGAUGAGAGUGCAUGGUGGCAUCAAGCAACAAUCAACACGCACUACCAACUGAUUGAUUUAAUUAAUAUUAGCUGCAGACAGACUAAUUUGACAACAGCUAAACAAAUUUGUAGUUUUUGGAAGUUGCAGAUUCAAUUAUAUCUAGGUUUGAUUUCAAUGUU